AUGGCAGCUGGAGCACAUGACAAAGAGAACAUGUGUCUGCCAGGCAAGAUUGGGUUCCUGGCUGCCUUCUGCCCUGAUCACAGAUCUGGAACUGACAGUAUUGCCUCCGCAUCACCUUUGGUUCCCCAUUCGGUCUGGCUCAAGAGCACUACUGAGAGCUGUACUGGAAAGAUCUUCCCUCUCCAGCCCUGGAUGCAUCUCAGGGGCAGGACAAGCCUAGAGCUGAGCAGGCCAGGCAGGCAGCACAGAGUGAAAGGCCAGUGGGGGGUGGGGGGCUGGGGAGGGCUCUUUGGGACCCUGGGAAAAGACAGAGGCUAUAGCUCCCCACCCCGCACCCCACCCCAGUGGUUGCGUCAGGCUCUGCGGCUUCAUCCCUUAGCAGCACGGGCAGCGGCUGCGGCCAUGGACACAGAAGCUGGGGAUGGACCAGGAGCCGUGAGCUGGAACAGCCAUGCAGCAGGAUUUCCAGUGACCCCUGCAGGGUCCUGUGAGGGACCUGAGGGCUGUGAGAGGAAGAAAGGCCAAUGCUGGGGGUCCCUGGAGCGCUGGGGUCAGACCAUGGAUGGGGAAGUGCUGCUCCCAGCUCUGUAUGAGGAGGAGGAGGAAGAAGAAGAGGAAGAGGAAGAGGGGGAGAAAGAGGAAGAGAGAGAGAACAAGGAGCAGGACAAUGAUGUGAAGUCCCUGCAGGAAGACAAGCCUCGGGGGCUGAGCCUCACUGAGACAGAGCUGGAAGAGCUGAGGGCCCAGGUGCUACAAUUAGUGGCUGAGCUGGAAGAGACAAGGGAGCUGGCUGGACAGCACGAGGACGAUUCCCUUGAGCUACAAGGACUCCUGGAGGAUGAGCGAUUGGCCAGCGCCCAGCAGGCAGAGACCUUCACCAAGCAGAUCCAGAAACUCCAGGGUGAGCUAAGGUCCCUCAGGGAGGAGAUCUCCAUUCUGGAACACGAGAAAAACACUGAACUGAAGGACAUAGAGCAGGAGCUGCAGAUGGCCCAGGACGAGAUCCAGAGUCUGCGGCAGGCAGCAGAGGAUGCAGCGGCGGAGCAUGAGGGCGACAUAGCCACCCUGCAAGAGGACUUGUGCCGUAUGCGCUCCGAGCUCAGCGGCAUGGAGCGCAUCCGCCAAGAGUACGAGAUGGAGAUCAACUCUUUGCGGAGUGAGAUCCAGUCGAAGGACUCCGAUCAGUCCGAGAACCUGGUCCUCUCCGACGUUAGCCUGCUGCAAGAGGAAUUGCAACAGUUACGGGACCGUUGCAACCUCUUGACUGAGGAAUACCAUGCCCUGAAGAUGAGUAACAGCAGCCUGUGUGAGCAGCUAGAGGAGAUGGAAUCCUGGAAGCACUGCAGUGAGGACCAGGUGGAAAGCAGCAGAAAAACAAAGGAGGCAGAACGAUGGUUGAAACCACAGAAGAAGAUGUCGACGGCUGAAUCUCAGACUUCAGGAAUGGACAUGUUUGUGGAUCUCACGUCCUGUGAGGAGGACGAAGAGGAUGAUGACGAAGAGGAUGAUGACGAAGAGUGUGAAUGCCUUCGGCAACAGCUUCUAGUUGCUGAGGAGCAGGUGCAAAAGAUGCAGAACAAGUGUAAGGACCUGCACACUGAACUCCUAGCAUUACAGAAGGUGCAUCGGGCCAGUGAGGAUGAGGAGAAGUGCCUAAAGAGGGAGCUGAAGUUCUGCAAGGAUGAGAUGCAUCGGCUUAAAAGCUGCCAGGAUGCCCUUGUCAAAAGCCAGACCCAGGAUCUGGUGAACAAACUGUGUGGGCUGCAGAAGAAGUACCAGGAGAGCCAGUGUGAGCAGGCAAGUCUCGUGAAGGCACGAAACCAGCUGCAGAAAGAGCUUCUUGAAAGCAAGGAAGAGCAACGUAAGCUCAUGAUUAAGAGGGCAUCGCUUGCAGAAAGCCACAAAAAAGAGAAGGAGCUGAAGGCCAAGCUUGAAGAAUUACAGAAUCGGUACUGCAAAAGCCAGGAUGAAAACUGUCAGCUCUUGGAUGCACAGGAGAAGUUACAGGAGGAGCUGGAUCUUUGUGGGAUGGAGGUAGAACGCCUCAGGGCUGUGGAGGCUGCCAACCAAGAGCUUCUUGAGAAGAAUGUGGACCUGGAGGCCAGGCUGCAGGAGCUGGAGCCGCUCUACCAGGCCAGUCAGGAGGAGCAGGCCCGGCAACUCCAGAUCCAGGAGGAGCUGCAGGAGGCUCUCGACAUCUGCCAGCAGAACAUGGAGAUGCUCAAUAGCAUGCAGGCCCAGGAGAAGGACGAGUCCGUCAAGUGCGAGGACCUGGUAGCCAAACUGAAGGAACUGCAUGACCUGUACAGCUCCAGCCAGAAAGAACUGUCCCAGCUGCAGUUCGAGCAGGCCGAGCUCCUGGAGAACCAGAGGAGGAUGCAGGAGGAGCAGGGCCGGCUGCAGGAGGAGCUGCACAGGCUCACCUUCCCUGUGCCUAAACCCAACCUGCUCCAAAAGAGUCAGGAGUUGUUGGAAAAGCUGAACGAUCUGGAAGAAAUGCAGACCUGCUACCAGAACCGGCAGGAAGAGCAGAGAAAGCUGGUGGAGAGUCAGGACCAGCUCUUAAAGGAGCAAGCCCAGGUGCAAGAAGAGUUUCGACUUUUAAGGGAGAGACAGAUGGUGAAUCCAAGUCCGGACUGUGAAAAGGUGUUGCCUAGAGAUAACAGCAUCAAGUCCAGUGAGCUGUGCAGCAAGAUCCAGGAGCUGCAGGAGCUGUACCAGACCAGCAACCUGGAGCAGGAGCAGCUGCAGCAGGAGCAGGGGAGGCUGCUGGAGGAACACAAGAGGCUGCAGGAGGACCUGCAGCUCUGCCAGGAGGAGAUGCAGCUGCUGCAUUCUCUGACCCCGCAGCUGAGCUUUGACAGCAGCAGGAGCUAUCACAGGAGCUACGGUAGCAGCAGCGGCGGCAGCAGCAGCAGCGUCAGCCUCAGCAGCUGUGGCGGCCAAGAGGAGGAUUAUUGCAAUGACAACGAGAACACGGAGAUCCAGGAGGUGGUCGCCUGUGUGCUGACCAGGCUGCAGGCUGUCAAGGCCAUGUAUGUGAUCAGCCAGGAUGAGCAUGGCCAACUGCAGUUAGAUAUGAUGCAGUUACUGGUGAAGAUGGGCCAUCUUCAGGAGGAGCUCCAAGUCUGCCAGGAGGAGCUCAGGGACUGUGAGGGGAGCAAGACAGUGGAAGAAGCCCCACCUGUUGUACCCCAGAGCAGCCCUGAGGUACCUGCAGCCAGGUUUGAGCUGAGGUCUUCCUGACUCCAGCUUCAGUACCAGGCCAGCAUAGAUGAGCAGAGCCGGCUGCUCGCUGUGCAGGAACAGCUGGAGUGUCAGCUCCAGUACUGCCAGGAGGAGCUUUGGCAGCUCAAGGCUCAGAAGGCCCCUGUGCCAAAGGACAACGUGGACUGGUGCGAGAGCAGCGCCAAGAAUGUCACCAAAGUGAUGGGUAAGACAGGCUUCAAAACCGGCACGGCCAUCUGCAAGAACAGCAGUCAGAGUCAAGAGCUGGAGGUGGUUCUGUACUAUAAGGCCAGCACGAGUGAACUGGAAAGAGAGCUGGAAAGAGAGCCGGAAAGAGAGCCAGAGGAGCUGUGCGAGGCUCUCGAGGAGGAAGAGUUGCUGCUCCAGGAGACGCUGGAGGAGGAGGACCCCGAGUCAGAGGAGGAAGGGUCUGAGCCAGAGCCUGAGCCAGAGCCCGAGCCCGAGCCUGAACCCGACCCCGAGCCCGAACCCGAACCGGAGCCCGAGCCUGAGCCGGAGCCCGAGGCUGAGCCCGAACCCGAGCCUGAGCCGGAGCCAGAACCAGAGCCAGAGCCAGAGCCAGAGGAGCCAGAACCAGAGCCAGAACCGGAGCCAGAACCAGAGCCAGAACCGGAGACAGAACCAGAGCCAGAAAGUGUGCCCAUACCUAUGGACAUCGGGCAGGACGACGAACUCAUCAAGCCAGAACCCAAGGAGGGCACCCCCAUCAAGAUCUCUGAGAGCAAAAAGCCACCCCCUGACCCUGACCCGCCCCUCAUCUCCCUGCCUCGCGUAGGCCUGGUGGUCAUAUCGGCUCUACUCUGGUGCUGGUGGGCUGAGACCUCAUCCUAACACAGGUACUCGUAUUGCUUCCUCAGCAUCUGGGUGCCACAGGGGAGGUGCAGACGGUCCUGAUGACUCCCUCUUCCUUCCUCCCUCCCUCUCAGCUUCUGCUGGCUGCUCUGCUCUUACCCCUUCCUUCUGCAUGAUGCCUAGGAUUGAGCAUUAACACCCGGGCCCUAGUCCUGGCUACUCCUUAAACUGCCAGCAAAGAUGCUGUCCAUCUUUGAACCUCCUCUAAACCCCAAGAGGAAUGGAUGUGUACCUCUCAAAAAAGAGCUCAUGGUCCUCCAAUGGAAAAGCUUUUCUUAAGCCCAAUACAGUUGCCAAUUUUGUUUAACCAUCUUUUCCUACUACUGUUGAACCCAGAGCUGCCCGUUGAGUUCUCUGAAGCUCCUGCCUGGGUCUCCAAGUGUGGCCUGGACUCUGGCUGUGGUUAGCCCUGUAGCAGAUCUCCCCACCACAGCCACUGCCACCACAGAGACACCGUUUGCAUAGGCCUCUUAGCUCCCUGACAGGGCAUUCUGGGUCGGAGGCCCGAAAAGCUGGUACCCGUCUUGGUACUCGUAGUUGGGCGGUUUUCACAGCUCCUUCAAGGGAGUGGAGGCAUCACAGCUUCAUCUUUCAUUUUCUCCUAAAAAUAUUUCAGUUAGAGACACUUCACACACACA